AUGGUCCAUACGGGAAAGCAGGUCGCCCGCCAUGCUGGCCUCUUGGUCCUGCUGUUUCUCGCGCCUGGGGUGGCAGCGGUCACAUUGGACGGAACGCUGGCUUUUGUCCUCUUGGCCACCAGCUUCAUCGCCACGGCCUGCGAGAUAUGCCGCCAGAGGAAGUGUUGCCUCCAACGUCUUCCAUUUCCAAUCUUCCUUAUGCUGGUCUACGCCUUGCAGAUCUUGAGCUGCUUGCUGGAGUUUCAUAGCAGACUCAAUCACCCCAAUGUGCCUCUUCCAGAUGCUUCGAUGUCAAUAGUCAUGGCUGCCCACAACGAGCACAAGUUCCUGCAGCGGACGUUGGACUCAAUUGUGCAAAGCACACCGAAGGAAGUUCUUGUGGAGAUCAUCCUGGUGGAUGAUGGCAGCGAACCUCCACUCUCCCCCCUUGUGGAAGGCUACACUUUGGUGAAAGUGUUGAGACAUGAGCUUCGGAGGGGUCUCAUCAAAUCUAAAACAGAAGGUGGUAACUUGGCAGUUGGCGAAGUCCUCAUGUUCUUGGAUGCGCAUGUCCGCCCUGCUCCAGAUUGGUAUCGCCCCCUCUUGAAGCAUAUCAAACUCAACUACAAGCGUGUCGUGGUGCCGUUGAUUCCCAUCUUGGAUGACAAAACUUGGCAGAUUGACAACAACGCUGUUGGAGUGAAGAUGAUGUUUGACUGGACGCUGUUCUUCAAUUGGUUUGAAGAUGGCUCGGAUGUGGUACCAUGCAUGAGUGGAGGCCUCUUCGCGAUCUCCAAGAAGUGGUGGCACGAGUCGGGUGAGUACGACUAUGGCAUGAACAUGUGGGGUGCAGAGAACAUCGAGCAAUCCAUCCGGGUCUGGCUUUGUGGUGGUGAGAUCUAUGUUGCUCGAGACUCUCGUGUGGCGCAUGUCUUCCGACGGCACUUCCCCUACUUCGUGAACAACACGGAGAUCUACAUCAACAAAGUGCGAACGGUAGAGACAUGGUUCGACGAGUACAAGCACUAUUAUUACGCAGCUGACCCCAGCGCAGAGCGAUUUGUCCCGGUGAUGGGUGACAUCUCCGAGAGAUUGUCACUCAAAGAGAAGCUCCACUGCAAGCCCUUCAGCUGGUACGUCUCCAAGUUCAAGGAGGGCACCAAGCAGCCAAAGAGAGAGUACGACUCGAGCAACGGGCUGCUUGAAACGACUGGUGAAUCAUUGAAGUAUUUCACCAUGAAGUCAAAGAAACAAUGCUUCGGCGGGAUCAUAUAG